GGAUUUCGGCACCGUCGGAAGGCCGUGCUUAGUUAGGGCUAACCAUUUCCUUGUCGAGAUUGUCGACAAUACUCUUUUCCACUAUGAUGUGAGUAUAGUGCCCGAAUCAGUGUCCAGAGCUACCAAUAGAAAAAUCAUCUCUGAGCUUGUCAAGGUGCAUAAGGAUAAAGCCUUUGGGAAGGAGAAUGCCAGCUUAUGAUGGAAGGAAGAGCCUGUAUAUGGCUGGUACUUUUCCUUUUGAGUCAAAGGAGUUCACGGUUUCACUGCCUGAAAAUGAUGGAAGGAAGGCCAAGGAUUUUAGAGUGAUUAUUAAGCUUGCUGGAAACACAAGCAUACACAACCUGAAGGAGUUUUUAGCUGGUCGACAGAUUGAGGCACCUCAAGAAGUCAUUCAAGCCCUUGAUAUUGUUCUUAGGGAGUCUCCAUCUACCAAGUAUACUUCGGUAGCACGGUCCUUCUUUUCCCCGAGCUUUGGGCAUCGGGCACCCAUUGGAAAGGCUUAGAAUGCUGGAGGGGCUACUAUCAAAGCCUUCGACCAACACAAAUGGGCUUGUCUUUGAACAAAG